UUUCGACUGGACUUCAGUUCACAUCGGCUUCCCUCGUUGAUGCAAAAUUGAAGAUAGAGCCGCGGAGAUGAAAAACUAGGAGCCUCUGUAUUUCAUGCCCUUGCUCUUUUCCAGUAGUUAAUACGUAGCAGACGAAGAAAGCCUCUGUGCUUUAAUCGCACAUUGCCUUCGCUCAACUCGUAAAAUGAUCCAAUCGAUUCAUUCGUUAUUCUUGAUUCUGAUAGCAGGACUAACGGUAAAUGAUGUUGGGGCAAACAACAACACGGCGAGAAAUCUACGUCAACUGCGUCCGAUGGAACAUAGUGUGAAAGAAAAUACCUCACAUGGCCUUAAAAAGUUCAUCAUCAAUGGCCAAAAUUCCGAUUUUGGUCGAUAUCCCUAUCACGCGCUGUUGAUGCACGAGACGGGCAAGGGUUACUGCGGUGGUACUUUGAUCGCCCCUGAUGUUAUUUUGACUGCUGCACACUGUGAAAUUCCGGUAUGGGUUGGAGUGGGACGCCAUUUUCGACACACCUACAGCGACGGUGACGAACUUCACAGGAUACUUUAUUCCUAUAGGCAUCCGUAUUUCUUUCAACAAACAUUUGAUUUCGAUUUGAUACUUCUUAAAUUGAGAGACACAUCCGCAAAGCCACCCAUUCGUUUGAAUGAUGAUCCGAAACUACCGGACGUGAGUCAGGGUUCGGCGCAAAACGUUGUUACAGUUGCAGGAUUUGGGAAGACCCACCACGGAUACGCGGCAGACACAAUACAAGAAGUAAACCUAAACAUGAUUUCGAACGACGUUUGUGAAGAGUCUAGGGAUCCUUAUUCGAAUGUUCUAGACUUUCAAAUCGGAUACGAAGGGUUAAUAUUUGACAAUAUGUUUUGCUUGGCUGACCUGAGCGAGAGUGGAAAAGAUGCGUGUAGCGGUAAGCUCUUUGACGUCAUGGUUGAAAAGAAGAACUAAGAGAGGUGGCUUUGUUGGAUCAAAGUAUUCAUGAUGAGAAGUUGAAGAAGCGAUGAAGAACUUACGCGCAAUUUAUAUCUUUUAUUUUCUUACCAUAAACUAGGGGAUAGCGGUGGUCCAGUAAUAAUGAAGGGAAAUUCCGCCGAAGAAGACGUCCAAGUUGGGGUCGUAUCGUGGGGAUUCGGUUGUGCCAUGCCGAAUUUUCCAGGCGGUGAGUAUCAAAAUGUAAAUUGUUUCAAUCUUGUUGUAACUUGAAGAUACUGCAUUCAACCAAAUCUACCACUUGCAAACUUCUCACCAUACUGUGACGUGAUAUUCUAAAUUCUAUCAUCUACAGUGUAUUCGAGAAUUAGCCACGAAAUCACUUGGAUUCGAUCUAGUGUUUGUGCCAUUUCGGAUCAACCGCCAGCUGAUUUUGAAUGUGAUCGCUAUCCUAGUUUGAAUGAAAGAGGACCAUUGAUUGAUAUUACCGUCCGUAUCGACUUCAAUCUGCACCCAAACCGAAUCAGCUGGGCUUUCGUAGAUGCAACAACCCGGGAAUCUUUAAUCCAUCAUAAUAGCUUGGAGUAUGAAUCAAUAACACCUUACUCGCAACACGAGCAAGUCGUUUCGUUACCUGCCGGAUCAAACGUUACAUUUACUCUUUGGAGCAUCGGCAACAAUGGGCUGAGCAAGUUUUCUGCGUCGUACAUGGAUUCUGAAAAAAAUGAGGUAGAAAUAAUUUCGGGUUACGGAGCUGGCAACUCAAUUAUCGACUCGGCCACCAGUGAUCCCCACGUUCUUCCCACAGUGCCCACAAGUCCACCAACAGAAGCAUCCACGACAAUGCCCACAAAUUCACCAUCCUCCUCCCCAACGAAGGAGCGUUCGAAUCUAUCCACAUUUGAACCAAAUGUCAUAAUAAUCGUCGAUGAGAAUUCGGAUGGAAUUAACUUGAAUGCGGAUGGAAUUAACUUGAAUGACGAUUUGCUGCCCCGAGUUGAGUUAACAGGAUCCCUCAAUCCAAUUUCAGCACCCGCCGACUCGAUAAGCGCAACGCCAACUAUAACGCCAAUCAAUGCAUCUUCAGCACCGUCAACCGAGGCUGAAUCGCCUACCCCGGAUCCAACACAAACGUCGACUGGAUCACCAACUAAAGAUCCAACUGAGUGGCCGACUGAAUUUCCAACGCUCAAUCCAACAGCAACACCCACUAGAAUACCAACUAGUUCACCAUCUAGAUUGCCUACUGAAAGUCCAACAAAUAAACCAACCCAAAACCCGACAUUUCGACCUUCGAAAAGACCGACCGAAAACCCCACUGCGAAUCCUUCAAAUUUUCCAACAAGGUCACCCUCUGAGCGGCCAACAACUGCGUUACCGACGUUUUAUCCAACCUACUUAACCACUUGGAUUUCUACUCGAACAAAAACAAGCUGGCCCACCGAGAGUUCUUCUAAAGUGUUGACGGAUAUACCAACCAGCUAUCCAACUUUUGAACCUUCCAGAAUACCGUCCUCAAAUCCGACCGAGAUUUCUUCCGAGUUGUCUACAACUCCACCGUCACAGCCCAUCUCAGCAAGAUCAGAAUCGGUGUCAGAGAACUCGGCACCGAUUGGAACCAGUAGUACUGGUGGCAACGACCCACCGUCAUUGACAUUUGCAGGCCGCGACGGUCCUACAACCGAAUUGGCUGGCAAUGAGUCAACUUUUACUUUCGUUUACGAUGAAACGCCUGCUUCUAGUGGUGCCCUUACUCUUCUUAGAAAUCCCCAUUCUUUUGGGAAGAUGCUUUUGGUGAUGUCAGUCGGCUGGACAAUACUCAUAUCCACAAUAAAUCUGAUAUGAGAGU